UAUUCUCCCAAAUUUAUAACCACAUAUUUUUAAAUUAAAAUUAAAUAGUUAAAUGAAUCUACAAAAGUUUACUUGUAGAGUUAAAUUCUCACCAUCAUAUAAAUUAUUAUGUACCACUUCAGAGAAUCCACCAGAGAAGAAAAAAAGCUUUGUCAAACAAAGUCAUGGAAUGAAAAUGAAACAUUUCUUUAAUAGACACCCAGAAAUUGACAAUAUUAAACAGUAUAUACCAAAAAAAUAUCUCGAAAGUAAACGCAAAACUUUGCCUGAUAACAUAUAUUUAAUGUGCUCAAAGGUGGCAAAGGAAAUCGCACAAAUUGUUCUACCUGAAGUGAAAGAUGUAAAAAAUCAAGUGAUAUGUGAAACAAAUCCAGGUUUAGGUUUUAUAUCAGCUGAAUUAUUAGAAAAUGGUGUACCUCUAGUUAGAAUGUAUGAAUCCUGUCCUGAGUUUAGGGAAAUGCUUAAAGAUUUUGAUACUAAAUACCCUGGUAGGGUGGAAAUUUUUACGAAAGAUCUGUAUUUGUUAGAUAGGUAUGCAUGGUUGGAUAAAAUGGAUCAUUAUAACAGAGUUGAUAUGCUUUUAAAAAAUGUGCCCAAGAAAAAUUGGUCUGAUGAUCCGUGCAUGACCAUUAUUGGCCCUAUGUCCAAGAUUAAUUUUUUAAGAUACCUUAUGAAAAUUUUACCACUACAAGCUGAUAUAAUAUCACAUGGAAGAAUCAAACUGUUUGCAAUAAUGAGGCCAAAGGACUACCAUGUUUUAACAGCAAUGCCUCAAGAAAAGUUAAUUACUUACAAGUGGUCUUCAGUGUUGUUUAAUUUGUUUUUUGAUUAUAAACUAAUUAAUAAAUACCCUAAAGAAGUGUUCUUACCCUGGGAGUCUAAAAAGAGUACUGGAACAAAAAGAGGGGAUCAAGUAGAUUCAAAUUUUAUGUAUUUAGUUAAAAUCGAAUUUAAGAAAGAUAUACCAGUGCCUAUUGAAGAUCUGUUACCACUAUAUUAUUUUGCUCAGACUUUCUUUCACAGAGGAAAAAAGCGGAUACUUCCAACAGUAGAAAAGUGGGUUCCUGGUUCAGGUUUAAAUAUUCUACUUCCCAAAUUACAACAUUCAACUUAUUUUAACAACAUUGAUAUAAUGACUACUUUUUGUGAACUAGAUCCUCAACAGGUUUUAGGGGUUUUCAGGGAAAUGAAGAACCAUAAGUCAUAUGAGGCUAGCCCUUUUCAUUCAAUGGUUCAAACUCAUUUGACCAAAAUUGAAACAAUAGAGACUGAUUUAAAUGAUUCAGAGUUAAAUAAAACUUUGACUGAGGAAAUACAAGUUAAAUUGGACAAUAGUAAUUUAUAAAUAUAUAUUUGUGUCAAGAUAA